GCUGGCUGUUGCCCGUGACUUGUUCUGUGAUGCUGAAUUGGGUCGCAAUAACAUGCUGAGAAGGAACGUUUGAGGACACCACUGAAGCAACUACGAUUCAAAUUAUCGCUUAUCGACCACGGUACAAACACUAAAAGCUUAAAUAAAAAUUGACAGAUAACAUUUGAAAUUUACCCAAAUCGUCUCAUCAAACUCCAACCAUGAAGAAGACUGAGAACAUGAUGCGCGAUCUGGAGGACUACUUCCGUAUCCGGUUCGAGAACAAGAUCGCGAUCCGCCCGCGGCGCGAAGACUGUCACCUGGCGGCUGCCACGCGGCUGCUGGCGCGCAAACAGGAGCUGGCAGAGGUGGAGACAGAGCUGCGACGCUGCAAGGCCAACUACAAACAGCGCAUGCAGGAGAUCUCUGAGGAGCGCGAUGUGCUGGAGCAGCGAGACAAAGCGCUCAAAACGUCACUGCUCAAAUUCGACAAGUUCCUGGCGGAGAACGACUCGAAACGCUACCGAGCUCUGAAGAAGGUCGAGGAGGAGCGAGAUCUGCAGCAUGUCAAGGAUCGUGAGAUCGCGAGGCUGACGGAGGACCUGCAGAAACUGAAUGACUCGAAGGCGCUGAUCCAGGAGCGGGUGGACGGCAACAAGCCGUUCCAGGAUUUCAUGGAACGUGCGGUGGAAUCGACUGAGGACUUUGAGGAGGUGCACGACAUCAUGAACCGGUACGACAUCCUGUUCGCCACCAAGCAGCAUCUGAUGACCAACGAGCAGGCCAACCAGGACCUGGUGGAGGCGGCGCGCAUGGAUCUCAUCGCCUACUCGGAGGACCGCAACACUGAGAUCCUGGGCCUCAACAACCGGCUGUCGGAGCUGCAGACGCGCUACGACCGCGCCCAGCAGGCAGUCGUCAGCUGGGAGAACACCUGGACCAGAAUCAAAAACACCGCCGCCAAAAAGACGCUGCUACUGGGCCAGGUGAAGAUGGCCAUCCACAACCUGUACCAGCUGUGCAACCGGUACCACCAGGCGCGCAGCCUGGGGCCCGAGGAGGCGGUGGCCUGUCACGAGCCGACCACCCAGCUGGGACGGGUGCGCGAGGUGCUUAUGGACCUGCUGUUCAUCACGACGGAGUGUCGGCGCGCCGAGCAGGCACUUCAGCAGGAGACGGCCGCCCAGGCCAGCUACUGAGCCCAACUACUGAGCCGUCCCUCAGAUGCGGGCAAUGCGAAACUGCUGAAUGGUCCAACCGGGCUCUCGGACACGGGCUCUCUCCUGAACCAACCCGAACGGUCUGUGACCGAACGGCCCGGCGCCGAACUGAGUUACCAGCGGCUGCCGGCCGCCCGACUCGUGGGACGGCGCUGCAGGUCUGCUGAAUGCGCAAACCAUCAUACAAUGCCGGCCAUGUGGUCAAUAAGGAAGCAGCUCACAGUGCUGGAUAAUUGUUGUGCUCAUGGACUGGUUUGGGUGUGCGAGAGCCAUAGCAUGCUUCGAGAAUGCUGCUCCCUGCUGUCGCUAUAGCCAGCUUUUACUACUAGAGAUAAUAAGAUUGUAUGCAAGUGCAUAAACGGCAAUGUUGCGCGGUCUGCCUAGAGCCCUGGCCGCCCUUUCAUAUUGUCAUGUAACGAAUAAAUAACACGAACGAA